CAGACGUACUGCGUGCAGUGUUUACUUGCAAGCUGUUAGGUGUUUUAUGCAAAUCCAAUGACAACAACUUUCAUUAAUAGUUAGGACAGAAAUGGAGCUCAAAGCAAUUAUUGUUAUAUUAUUAUUGAAAAAUAACUGUCAAAUAAUAUUAGCGUCCACUGGAAUCCACUGGAGCUAUGGUGACAAUGACGGACCGGAAAAAUGGCCAGAAUUAUUUCCUAACAUGUGCGCAGGAGUGAAGCAAUCUCCAAUCGACAUUCAACCCUUCGAUACGGUUUAUAAUAAGCGUUUAACAAAUUUCGGGUUCAAUGACUCGCCUGAAGAGGGAACAAAAUUUAUAGCCCAUAAUAAUGGACAUUCAAUUCAAGUGGAUACUGAAGGCAAGUUUCUUCUCGAAUAUGGCGGUCUCCAUUACAAAUACAGAAUUAGCCAGUUUCAUUUCCAUUGGGGAAAUGCCAAUGAAAUAGGAUCAGAACAUACAAUUAAUGGGACAGCUGCCCCAAUGGAGAUGCACAUUGUAAGCUGGAACGUGAAUAAAUACAGUAGCAUGGCAGAGGCAGCCACGAAAUCAGAUGGGCUAGCAGUUUUAGGGAUACUAUAUAGGGUUUCAAAUUCUAAUAACCAACUCCUAGAACCACUUGUACAAGUCAUUCCAAAACUGAACAACAAUGUAGAAAUCCCCGUUGUUUCUCCGAGUGCAUUUUUGCCGAAUAGUCCAGAAAAAUACUACAGAUACCAUGGAUCAUUGACCACCCCAAGAUGUUACGAGAGUGUUACCUGGACCGUGUUUAAAGAAAGACAAACAAUAACAGAAAGUCAGUUGAACGUUUUCCGUCAGACACUGGUGUCACAUACGACUAAAGCAAAACCAAUACCUCAUCCUGCGGAAGGAAUCAAUGGUGAAGGACUGGAACACUUAGUGAAUAAUUUCAGACCAGUACAGCCUUUGAACGGAAGAGUUAUCCAAAGAAGUUACAAGGUUUAAGACGUUGUGUAAAUCGAUACACGGAAUUCGAAUUCCCUUCAUAAUAUUUACUCAAGAAUAUCUGUCUUACACGAUUUAUUCACGACACCUGUUCACGUUGUGCAGCAUUUAAUCAUUCACUUUGUUUUUCAUUAUUCUUGUUUUUCAGCGUAAUGGAUUUUUUUUACAUCUAUUAGUUAUUGUCAUUGUCCAGACGUGAUAACGAUCAAAGAAGAACGACAUGUUUUUUGUAGUUGCUUUGUUCAGAAAGUAACAGAAACAGUAACACCUUGAACAAAUAAUAAAUAUGCUAGUGGUAUCAUUAAAAUGGAACACUUACCUUUGAUGCGCCGAUCUACUGGAGCUUUUUUGUUGUUUUUUAUUUUUCAAAACGUGAAUGGACUUUAUCGUCUCCUGGUGUCUGUUCGGCGAAACGUCAAUGCCACCCUCCUGAUUACUUUUAAUUUCUCAAAACGCCGAUAAAAUUGUCCCUUUAGCCUUGUAGAGAAACACCCACUUUAAAGAGGACGACCAAAGCAAUAUGCCUGCUUAAUAUUCUAAUGACUUCAUAUUUAUAAUUUGACUUGAUAGGAGUGACGUUAACAACUCACGUAAAUUUUAAGUUGUCUAAUGAACACGCGGCUUGGACAACAAGUAAGAGAAAUGCAAUGUAUUAGAGAAUGCAAAAUAGAAACAGAUCUGAAUGGAAUAGGAUGAUGUUAUAUGACGUAAUUUAAAAGUUUCUGAUUGUGUUUUCCCAAGCUCUUGUAUUAUUUAAUGUUUUGCUCAGAUUUAUAGAUGUUUUUAUUUUAAAAUCGAAUGACUGAAAGAAUAAAUUUUACAUAAAUAUUAUAAAAGUAUAUAAUAUUUUCAAAACGUUAUGUAAUUUUAUUCGACUGGGCCACUUGUUCGUUGCUAUAAUUAUUAUUUAUUGGACAACCUCGAACUUUAUGCAUAAUAAAGUUAUUUUAAUACUAUUUUUGUGGCAGAUUUUCAAGCACUUAACAUGUUACCCUAUAUUAUCUUAAAGUUAAUAGUUACCAAGGCAACAGGGAUGUUUAGAAUAUCUUCAUCAUUGCUUCUCUCGUGGUUUCCUAAAUUCAUGUAAUUUGUCAUUCUUGUCUCUAUAAGUUUCAAGAAAUAUAAAUUUUAAAGUAAGAAAUG